AUGAAAACAACCCCUUUGACCGCUGUUUGGUCACUCGCGUUGCUGCUCUCUGUACAAGAAACCGACGCGUUCAAGUUCCCUGGUGCUGCUGGCAGUCUCCGUAAGAGCAAUCCAAACAACAUUAAACAUAUCUACUCGGCCGAGAACUCGCAUGGAAGACCCAGACACUAUUUACCCAAGCAGGUCAAGAGACAGAUUGUAACUGCAAAUGUCUCGACUCCGGCCGUGUCUUCGUCUUCCUCAUCGUCGUCGUCAUCAUCUUCGGCUUCGGAAAGUGAAUGGUUCAGUUCGGGAAUCCCUGAAUAUGCCACAUCGCUAGCCUCUUCGGACGACCUGUCUUCAGCUCAGACUUCAGUUCAGACAUCUGCUGCAUUCUCGUCAUCCCCAUCUUCUGCAUUUGUACCACCUGUGUCGUCGUCGUCGUCUUCAUCUUCGUCUUCGACCUCGUCGACAACUUCGUCCUUUCCACAGGUGGCAGCUGCUGGACCCAGCAGCAGCAGUAUCGGAUCCGACGCUGUUGACAGCAGCACCGAUGGUGCGUCUCCCAGCAGCUCUGCCGAGCCACUGGUUCCUGAAACCACCAUCAGCAACACCCCCGUUGUCAUUAUCACGAAGACCACUACGGCCACUGACUCACCUCCCGAGGCAUCUUCGUCUGCAGUUGCAGCCGACCAGGACACCACCAGCAGCUCAUCGUCUGCCUCCACUGACAACUUCGAGCUCGCUUCUUCAUCGCCAUUGGUCUUUGAAUCGACCUCGUCACUGGGUGGUCUGUCGUCCGAUGCUGGUUUCCUGACCACCAUCACCUCUGGCUCGCUCUCUGGCGAUGUCCUGACCACGACCAGCGACCUCUCCAAACGAGAAAGCUCCUCGUCCUCACUCCUCGGCGACCUCACGAACUCGCUGUCGGCCUCGACCACCCCCUCCUCGCCCGACUCGUCCAUCUUCUCCGACCUCGAGUCGGCCUUCUCGGGCCUCCUCAGCCAGUUCUCGUCCAUGCAACCCGUCUCCUUCACCACCACCCCCUCCAUCACUGCUGGUAAGUACUCACACACACUCUCCCCGUGUGCCUCCGGCGGCUGGGGCUGCGCCCCAGACCCCACUGCUCCUCUCGCUACGCUCGAGUCGUUCCGUCCACGGUCCCAGCCAUCUCCUGCGAAGCAGGAGCAACGGGCUCCUACCAGUGCCCCUCCUGUGGCAGCUCCGGCCACGACUUCGUCGACUGAGACCGAUGAUGUGGCUCCUGUGGCUCCAGCUCCGUCAGAAGGGGCUGGAACGACCACGAGUACCACGUUCGGCCCGCUUGUGACCCCGACAUCGACUGCUGCCGACGUUGCAGCUCCUCCUCCUCCUGUGGAUACCACGAGUUCGACUUCGGAUAAUAACGACGCGGCUCCCCCUGUUGUUGCUCCUGCUACUACUUCCUCGACUACGACUACUGCUGAUGCCGCGACUUCGGGUGACGAUGUGGCUGUUCCUCCAGUGCCUACUACUUCAAGUACUACAGGUGACGGUGACGCGGUUGCUCCAGUGGUGGUUGCUCCUACGACAUCUUCUUCGACUCCAGUGGUAGUGGUUCCAACUACUUCGUCAACUCCUGCUCCUGCUCCAGCUGCUGCUGGUGCUGGUGAUGAUGGCGAUGUGAGUACUAGUACUCCAUUGGCAGCAGUGGCUCCUACUACUUCGUCGACUCCAGGUACUGAUAACGCAGGUACUCCGGUUGCUCCUCCUUUGAUUCCUACAACUUCAGGAACUUGGGCUCCUUUAACUACUGCUAGUACUACUACAGCAGCUGCUGACGAUGCUGGUUCUGCUGUUCCUCCUGUUGAAAAUACCGCUACUACUGAUGAUGCUGAUGUCGCUACUACUGCUACCACAGUUCCAACCGAUGUUGCUGGUGUUCCUACCACUGCUAGUACUACUACUGGUGGUGGAUUGCCUGGUUUAGUUAGUAGUUUGGUUCCUGUUCCUCCUGUAUUGGCAUCGAAUUUCCCUACUACCACUACUUCGACUCCUGUUGUUCCUGCUACCAGUGCUGGAGUUCCUGUUAGUGGUGGUGGUGAUGACGACGUCCAGUCAACAACCGCAGUUGGUCCUCCUGUUGUUGCUACUACUAGUACCACAGCUGCUGCUGCUGUUAGUGGUGCUGAGGGUGUUGAUACUACUUCCAGUACUGCAGUGGCUCCUAUUGUUCCAGUUCCUACAACCACUGGUGGUGAUGCUGCUGCUCCUACUACUACUGCAAACACUGGAGUUGCUGAAUCACAGGGUCUUCUUCCUAUUACUACUACUACCAAUACUUGGUUGCCUUUGACUGUUGUCAGCAGUAAUCCGGUGUUUAGUGGUGGUCCUGCUACUGCUAGUACUACUGGACUUCCUCCUGUUGUUGUUCCUACUAGUGCUGCUGGUGUUGAUACCACUACUGGAUCUGGUGAAGCAGGUGUUAUUCCUACUACUAGUGCAUCCGGUGAACCAGGUGUUUUGCCAACUACUACAGGUUCUGGUGAAGCAGGUGUUGUUCCUACUACCAGUGUAUCUGGUGAACCAGGUGUGUUACCAACUAGUACUGGUACUGGUCCAAUUAGCGGUGGUGGUGCUAUUUUGCCUACUACUACCGGAACUUUACCACCUCUUGUCAGUACUGAUGCAUCUGGAAACCCUCUUGGCAGCCAAACAGCCACUCAAACUGGUGCUGCUGGUGUAUCUGGUAUCUUUACCUCGUUAACCACUUCUCCUACUGGAGCAGGUGCUGUGGGUGUUUCUGGUGUUGCUACUACUAGUACUAAUACUGGUCUUGGACCUCUUGUUUCUGGUGCUGUUACUACCUCUGGUACUGGAGCUGCUGGUGUUGUUGGCACUGCUUCUGGUGAAGCAUCUGGUGCUGUUACUACAUCCAAUACUUUGGCUACUGGAGUUCCAGUGGCUGGUGUUUCUGGAACGGUUUCUACAGGUGCUCCUCUUGUGUCUGGUGCUGCUACUGCCGUGUCGACUGGUGAAGCUGGUGUUAUUGGUACUACAUCCAGUGAUUCAACUGGUGUUGUUCCUGCUGCUACUGGUGCUGCUGGUACUGGUAGCACUGUUUUACCACUUGUUAGUGGAAAACCUGCUAAUACCGAUACUGCUGGUACUGCUGUUGCUACUGGACCAUCAACAUCCAAUUGGUUACCUGCUAAUAUCAUCACUCAAGCCGCUCCUACUACCCAGCCAAUUCCUGGCCAGUCUCAAGCUGCUACUGAUAUUCCAUCUUCUAUUCCUACAGUUCUUCCUUCGACUUUGCCAAAGGCUAUUGGACCCAGUGACAACACUAACCAACCACAAACAUCGUCGACUCUCAUUCAAAUCGGUUUCGACUACUCACUCAACUAUCCAUUUGUGGCUGCAAACCCUCUGGCUGCUGCACAAAUCUUCCAGUAUUUGCCUGAAGGAUUGUCGUAUGGUUUACAAGUUGAUACCAGUAACAUUGUCAUGCACAGUUUACAACCAUACGAGUCUCAAAAUGCCGGUUAUAUUGUUACUGUUGCUUUGGCAUACAUUCCUAAUAACCUUGUGUCCACUUUGGAUGCUCUUAUCCAUACACCCACUUCCCGUCUUUACCAAGACAAUGAAGACCAAAGUGUGUCUUCGUUGGUCAAACUCAUUGAUCCUACCAUUCCACUGAUUCCCGGAUCUCAGCAAGCCAUUCUUGGCGGUGGUGCCACUGUUCCAUUACCAGGAAGCGGUUCUGGUUCUCCCAGUGGAUCUGCUCAGGGCGCGAGUCCCAGUCAAAAUGCCGGUUGGCAAUCAUCCGGUGGUCAAACCACUGAUUCUGGUACUCAAGGCUCGAUUGACCAGUCGGUUCCCAAGGAGAACCCAACUGUCAAUCGUAAGACUGUCGGAAUUGCUGUUGGUACCAUUGCAGGAGCACUUACCUACGGAGCCGUCAUCUUCUUCACCACUAAACGGUCGAAGAAGAAGAACAGAAUCGAGCUUGCCAGCAGCGGAUCCAGCCGGUUAUCACCUCUUGGAGUUCCUUACUACUAUGACGACGUUUCAUCGGGCAGCAGCACAAGAUCCACCGACUUGAGUUCGGGCUCGCGACCCUCGAGAGGCAGUGCCGGACGAUACAACAACGGCCUUGAAAACAUUUUACCCAUUGGAAGACACAUUUCCGAGCCCGUCAUGAGCGAGAACUCUCUCGGAUGGGCAUAA